UUCAAAGGAAAUUCAUAAAAAAACAGCUGAAAUGGCGCAACGACACCCUGAAAGUGGCUUAGAUUAAUUCAAUAACACAGCCAAUCAAGCAGACACAUUUAGAGUCUGUGAGAAGAUCUUUUGUUCUUGCUUUGGUCGAUAAUAUUCGUGAAACAAGGAACUUUCUUUGAAAUGGCCACACGCAUGUCGUCACUUGCAUCCAAACGGCUUCUGGUCUUUGAUAUGAUGUGAAGGAGCGUUGAAAAAUCUACCACGCACUAGUGUCUGGUUGCAAAUGGUACGAGGAUCUCCAGAACUCUCUUGGACAAUUGUGGGAACGCUUUAAACUGAGCGCACCAGAAGUGGUCAUUCUGCGGUGCGUUGAUGCAAACACCAUCCAGAUAUUUUCGUUACUCUGCAGGUCGACAAGAUCAUCUUUUAUCAUAUCACUGUCGUCCAUGGAAUCCAGAUUGAAAAUGAAUGGAUUCCUAAAUAAUGUCUAUGCCACAAACAUCUCCAUUAGAGAAGUGGCCCUGAGGGGUAAAAACCACUUCUCAAAACUAUAAUAAAAAAUGAAGUUUAAACGAUCAUAUGCAUCACCUUGACCUAAGAUAAGAGAUCAUGAGACCUUCACUUGUGGGACAUAGAUAACUGAUUAAGUAUAUCACCAUUGAGAGUUACUACAGAUACUUGCUUGUGUUUAUAGUUAAGUUGAUUCACACAUGGUGGACGAUGGGUGUGUUGUUCCUGCUGCUGCUGGUGUGUGCUCGCCUUACCCUGGGCGUGGAGCUGAUUGGAUCUGGGAGGCAGAAGAAUGUGUUGUCCCGGGCGGCUGUUAAUGUUCCUGAUAUGUAUCUGCCCGUCAAGGUGGACCCCUCCAGCCCCUGUGGCCACGCCCUCCACUCCAUGUUCCUCUCCCUCGGUGACAACUCCACCUGGGCCAUCAGAAUGGUGGACUCUUGGGGUAAGAGUAACGACGGCAUUUUCUUUGGCAACAGGCUCAUAAUUGGCACAUACGACGAGUGUGUGGGAGUUGUGUCCCCCGACCACUCCCUCAAGGGCAAGUACUGCUCCAUCGACCUCAAAAAAACGACCACCAUAAAAGAACAGGAGACGUCUAGAGUCUGGCACACUGACGCCCAAGUCCCAAAUCGUUUACAGAACCUUUUCCCACUAAGGAAGCCUCCACAGAUAUUUGUUCCUGUACCUGUCGUCAACAGCGGGGCGGGAAGUGAGCUAAUGUACGCCACUUGUAUUCCCGACGUCUGCACCCUGGAGGAACUUGAGGAGAGCCUCACACAGGUCCUGGAGCCAGCCAACUACACCGCCACUGUCAAAUUUUGCUCCGUGAAGGACCCCGAGUUGAAGUUUUCUGGUGCUGAUAUUAUUUUUAUGUGA